UCCAAUCAGCUCCCUCCCCUGUGCUGCGUCGCGCGCACUGAAGGUUGGAGGCGCUUUUACUUUGUGCACACUUGUGCACAGAAACCCUCCGAGUGCGCAAGGACUCCAUGGAUCAGAGCAAUUUGCAGCACUGUUGAGUUUUGUAGCAGCAUCUCCUCUGAAGGCAAAAACACCCCUCCAGUGAAAACUCCAUCUUUGGUCAUGACGCUUCUCUGAGGAAGGGAGGAAAAGGUUGAUCACGUUCUUCUGGUUUUUGGUUUCUCCCCUCUUUCAAAGAUGAUGUUUUCGUCUGCAGGAAAGCGCUGCUUCACCAUAGAGUCUCUGGUCGCCAAAGAAAACCCUCUAACUCCCGAGGAUCCAAUCCGUCCCACUGCUCUCAGUUACUCCAACCCGACGACAGAUGCUUUAAUGAACAGUUACCAGACUCAGCAGGCCAGGCCCCUGUACCAGACCCAGGACCUGGUGUUCCCAGAUACUGUCAGCCACCCCUCCCUCACCGUGGCGCCUCACCAGCUCGGAGGAUCACACCUACAGCAUCCGCACUUCUUCGGGACGCAACAUCGAGACCCGCUCAACUUCUACCCCUGGGUGCUACGGAACAGGUUCUUCGGACACAGAUUUCAAGGUAACGAUGUGUCCCAGGACAGCCUGCUCCUCCACGGUCCCUUCGCCAGGAAGCCCAAACGCAUCCGGACGGCCUUCUCUCCCUCUCAGCUGCUCCGCCUGGAGAGAGCCUUCGAGAAGAACCACUACGUGGUGGGAGCCGAGAGGAAGCAGCUGGCGAACGGCUUGAGUCUGUCUGAAACACAGGUGAAGGUGUGGUUCCAGAACAGACGGACCAAGUACAAGCGUCAGAAGCUGGAGGAGGAGGGACCAGACAGCCAGCAGAAGAAGAAGGGGAACCAUCACAUCAACAGAUGGCGACUCGCCACCAAGCAGGCCAGCUCGGAGGACAUAGACGUGACCUCAGAGGAUUAAACACCAGACAAUACAACCCAGAACCCCCAUGCCCCCUUUCAGACACUUCUAAGGACCAACUCUAUUUAUUAUGUAAUAUUAUUAUAAGUAUAAUUAGACACAUUAGAAGAAGAUAUGUGAUCACUCCACAUCUCUUCAUCGAGGUGUUAUACUCUGACUCUGGAAAAAAAAUGACAUCUUAUUUAAAUAUCCAUCCUGGGACUGAGGAGAGGUCCAUCCAUUAUUUAAAGAUCUUUGGUGUGUGACCAAAGAAGAAGAAAAAACCAACCUCUUCCUCCAUCUUUGUGCUUGUUUGUUUUUUAAUGUACAUAGGCCACUUUAAAAGCUUGUUUUCAAAGAGGC